AUGGCUGAAAGCAACGGCAAAAAACGCGCGCUCGUCGUGAUCGACAGCGACGACGACGAAGCGCCGCUCGCGCCGUGGGUGCGGACGGUCUCAGACCAGGCCGAGGUCGUGGACAUCAUAGAGAUCAAAGAUGAAGAAGAAGACGACGACGACCUCUUCGAGAAGGAGAUGGACGUGCAGUACGGCUCGUCGCCGUCGCGCGUCAAGAAAGAGAAGAAGCCGAAGCCCGACCCUUCGCCGGGCGGCCCCUCGGGCAGCGGCGGCGCGCCCCAAGGAGGCGCCGCGCCAGGAGCUCAUGGUGCCGCCGCGCCGGCGCCCGCGCCCGCGGCCGCGCCGCCGGUCAUCGGAGGGAUGCCGACGGCCGCCGAGAAGACGGCCCAUUUACUGACGUUGCCGGCGGGCGCGCGCGACCUGCAGCGCCUGCUGUGGCACAUCGGCAUCACGUUCAAGCUGCUGCCGCACCAGCCCGUCGCCGUGCGCAUGGUCGCGGGCGUGGGCGACGAUUACCCCAACCUCGCCACGAACGCGUCGCUCGACGGCGCGCUCCUCAACGCGGCGCCGCCGACGAACCGCGGCGGACUCUUAGCCGACGUGAUGGGCCUGGGCAAGACCGUCGAGGCGAUCUGCGGCGCCGCGUUGCGCCAGGCCAUCUGCGCGUCCAAGAACCUGCGGCCGCUGCCGGUCGUGAUCGUGUCGCCGAACGUCUCCGUUCUCGACCAGUGGUCCGAGCACCUGUCGCGGGGGGGAGUCCCGCCGACGAGCGUCCUUCUCUACACGGGCCGCUUCCACGACCGCGUCAGAAAAUACAAUCGGCGCUGCCAGCCCGCGGGCGACGGCUCGGCGACGUGGGUCCUGUUGACGCGCCACUGUCUCAUGAACGACGUGCAAGCGGCCAUGGACGCCUUCUCGAAGGACGACGAGGUCGCACAAGUGUCACCCCUGUUCCCGACGGCCGAGAAGGAGCUCCUCGAAGAUCUGCGGGACCAGUACCUCGCGGCGAACGCGAAGCUCAAGGGCAAGAACACGCUGCGCCAGAAGGGCGAGGGCGUGCACCUGUGUGGAAUCAACCAGUGAGUUAGGUUAUCGACGUCGCGUCGAUGGCGUAGGGCGUCCCGGGAUUUUAUUUCCACACAGGCGAGCACGAUGUCGUGCGGCGCCUCAUCGAUGAUUAUUACCACAAGAACCUCGCCAACCCGCCCGUCGCCGUGAUCCGAACGCUCAUCAUCGACGAGGCUCAUUUCUUGAGGAACGCCGUGUCGUUCUGGGGCAUCGGCGCUGCGCUCGCGGGCAACGGUGCCGAGCGCACGAUCAUGUGCACGGGCACGCCGUUCAACAACGGCCCGCGCGACAUGGCAGCUUUGCAGUCGUACGUCGACGCGUCGAGUCCGGCGGCCGAGGAGAAGUGGUGGAAGGAGGCGGUAUCCGGGAAGGGCGGCCCCGAGAUCGCGCGCGCCGUCCGCGACUGGCGCGAGAACGGCGGCAUGGUGCGGCGCAACCUCGACGUUUUGACGACGCAGCUCCCACAGCUCGACGUGACGACGGAGAACAUUCUGUUGGAUGAUGAGGAGCUCUUCGCCUACCUGCCGCUCGAGGAUUCGAUCCUCGAGCUGCUGAAAAAGUUCGCCGAAUGCAGCGACGACGACAAGAAAGAAAAGCUGAAGCUCUUCCGCGUGAUGAUGAGCUUGAUGGCGCUGAUGCGAAUGUGGGCCCGGCGUCGUCACGACUUCAGAGGCAUCGCCGUCGCGUCGAUGGCGGUCCACGUCUCAUAGUAGUUGCGGUCACAUCUUACGUCAUCGACAAGACGACUGCUCAGGAAGGGAUAGUGAUAGGGAAACGCGCAUCAGUAGGAUGUUUCAUUCUCCUCGAGGACGACACCACCGUGACCCUGGCAAAAAGCUUGAUCGAUUAUGCCGACGGCGAGCCUCCAGAUGCUUUGAUCGCCGCGGCCGCGGCGCGCGGCGUGCCCUACGUGCCCCUCGAAGCGAGCUGCCCCCACUGCGAUGAAGCGUUCGGUUCGGGUCGGGAGCGAUUUGCGCGAGGCGCGGGCGCCACAAUUUGCAGGCCUUGUCAUACACGGUGGGGCACUGGAGACCCGCCGAUCAACUCAGUGAGACGACCGGCCAUGUGCCUGUGUUGCGGGGGCCCAUUUCCACACAACCGUUAUUACGCGGGGCCACACGGCCGCUACACCACAUGCCUCUCGUGCGAUACUCGCCGACAGCAUGGCAAGACUGGUCCCGCCGAGCCGAAGGAGGCCUCCUACUGCCGCGACUGCGGCUGCGGGUCCGACGAUGCACAGCUCCAGGAGCACCCGGACGGCGUCGUGCGCUGCGGCGCGUGCUCGUCACAGAAGCGUCUGGGCCGUCCACCUACCCCGGCGCGCGUCCGGCGAUUCGGCGGCCCGACGCCAGCGAAGGCCCAGAAGCUUGAGAAGGCCGUCGCCGCGCGGAACCAGCAGAUCGCGGAGUAUUGCGCGAGCGCGGGGUUCGCGCUUGCAAGCGAGCAGCCCGAUGGCGCGGCCGCGGCGCCCGCCGCCGCCGACGACGACGCGUCGGACUCCGGCGACGACGCGUCGGCGGGCGGCGCUGCGCGCCCGAAGUGGGUGCGGUGCGACGGCUGCGAUAAGUGGCGCCGGCUGCCGUCCCAUGUGGAUGUUGACAGCCUGCCCCCGUGCGCGGCCCGCGUCCAGAAUUUAGAGCUUCCGCACGUCAUUCCCCACGCCAUCGACGCAACGUCAUCCUUCAAUCCGUGUCCCCUCGAUGUGUAGAUGGCGCCGCGUUCCAUCCCUCUCCGCGGCCGGCGUCGUCGCGCGGCCGCAAAUCACGCGUCGCCGCCCGCGCAGGAGAUGGUACUGCAGCAUGAACGUCUGGAACCCGGAACGCGCGAGCUGCGACGCGCCCGACGACGCCGAGGCCGAGGCGCCGUCGCCCGCCGCGGCGUCGCCCGCCGCGGCGUCGCCCGCCGCGGCGUCGCCGGGCGCGCGGCGCGGCGGCGAGCGGCGCGGCGGCGAGCAGCGCGCGCGCGGCGCCGGCGGCAAGCCCAGGAAGCGCGGCCUCGACGACCCGAAGACGCGGCAGAAGCUCGAAGACGUGACGGCGCGCAUCAACGCCGGCGCAUCCAACGCGGUCCAAGAACUCCGGGAUCUUGUGGAGGGGGUCUUAUCAGUUGAGGAUAUUGACGACGGCUGGGUCUGCGCGAUCUGCGGGAGCGGCGACACGAAGAAGCCGGACCGCGUCUUCGUCAAUAAAGUGAGAGCCUACUGUUGCGCGGCGUGCGCGCGCGCCGCGCCGCGCCCUUCGAGGCCGCGCUGCGGAACGACGCCCGCGGUGCGGCUCGCGCCCCUGCCGGGCGACGAUGAUCUGCUCGAGGCCGGACUCGCAGCCGCUUCAGGUCGUAGUGAUCGGCCGCAGGGCGUGCUCGCGAAGCACGCCGGCGAUAUCUAUAGGAACAUUCAGGUGGUCGACGAGCGGAACAAAGUGCGCCAGGCAGCCAUUGACGCGCUGGGCUUAGAGCCCGUCGACGUGCGCCACCAAAAGGAGACCGUCGCCACGGCCAUUCCCUUGGGCGCGCGGGACGGCUCGAUCAUCGUCACGUCGUCGGCCACAAAAGGCCAGGAGGCAAACGCUACGCGCGCCUUUGCCGAUGCCAGCGUCGCUGAUACGCGUCGCGCGGCCGUCGCCACCGUCUCGCACGCACUGCUCGCGCGCCAGAGCAUAUCGCGACCGGUCGCCGCCUCCGCCCGCCAAAGACCCAGUGCUCAAGCCGUCGUGUCCCGCGCAGAUGAUGCUCGUGGCCCUCGCGAUCAAAAGAGGCUUGUUUGCCGCGAACGAGGUCGCGCCGUUCUUGGAAAUUGUAUACGACAUCUGCGGCCUCACGAAGGAGGAGAAAGACAUCCUCGGAGGCAACGUGGCGACGGUCGCCGCGACGUGGGCGGGCGUCGCGGUAGAACGACGUGGGCGCGCGGAGUCCGCGAUCCGCUUUCCACACUGUUCCGAAAAACAUCUUCCCACACACAGGUGGCGCGGCCGAAGCGCACCGGAUCUGGGCCGACGCCGCCCGCGACGUCUACUACCACGGCGAGAACCCGGCCUUCGUCUUAGCCCUCUUGAGGCCGGAAGCCCGCGGUUAUCUUGCUGCGUCGCUGCACCAGCUCGGCUGCGCCAAAUGUAGAGCGCUCCACGGCUCGAUCGGCGGCGUCUCCGACGACAUAGAACUACCCGACGUCCUCACGCCGUCCGGGGUCAACCCGCACAUCAAAAGCACGGUGUACUGCGCCCGGCUCGGCGGCGUGAAGCACGCGACGUGCGUGAAGUGCCGCAAGCGCCGCGUGCUGCCCGCCGGGUCUGAAGUCGACGAGGACGAGUUCCAGUGCUCCGACGUCGACACGACUUGCGAGACGGGCGCGGAGCGCGACCCGACGGAGCCGCCGGCGAAGCGGCGGCGGACUGACGCCGGCGCCGCGCUGCUGGCCCUCGUCCCGCAACCGUGGCGCCACGUCGUCGACAAGGUCCCCAGCCGCCGCCUCGAUGCUAUCGCCGACUUCGUCUCGGGCGAGCGCCUCGACGGCGUCGUCGUGUAUCCGCCCCAGGACCAGAUCUUCGCGGCGUUGGAAGCCUGCAGGCUCGAUGAUGUCAAGAUCGUCAUCGUCGGCCAGGACCCGUACCACGGCCCCGGCCAGGCCCACGGCCUCGCGUUCUCCUGUACUGACGGAUCUAUUCCGCGGUCGUUGGACAACAUCUUCAAAGAGCUGCUCGCCGACCCGGACUCGGGCGUCUCGAGGUACCCGACGACCGGAAACCUGGGCGCUUGGGCGCGACGGGGCGUGCUGCUCUUGAACCGCGCGCUCACGGUCCAGAAGGGCGAAGCGAACUCGCACAAGGACAAGGGCUGGGCGCCGGUGACCGACGCGAUCAUUGACGCGGUGAACAACCGCACGAAGGGCGCGGUCUUCAUCCUGUGGGGCAAGGAAGCGCGCGGGCUCGCACGCACCAUCAAGCCGCGCCACCGAGUCAUCCAGUCGUCGCACCCGUCGCCCAACUCGCACAAAAAGACGACGGAGCCCUUCACGGGGUCGCGCUGCUUCUCGCUCGCGAACGCCAAGCUGAGGGAGCUCCAGCAGGCGCCCGUCGACUGGAACCUCGCGUAG